UCAUGUUUCCAGGAGACAAGUUGCGGUUGCAUUAGCCGGUGGUGAGCUUGUGUAUUUCGAACUUGACCCGGUGGGUAGCCUUCAACCUUUUUCUCUUUAUUUGAACGAGUUCACUGAGCGUACGUCCUGGCCGCAUGAGGUUUUGUGCAUGAGCUUGAGCGAAAUACCUGAAGGAGAGCUUCGAUCACGUUUCCUCACAGUUGGAAUCGCAGACAGCACUGUUCGCGUGAUCUCCCUCGAUCCUACUGACACGCUUAGCCCUCUAAGUAUGCAAGCACUUCCAUCGCAACCGGAGUCAUUGUUGUUGUUGGAAACCACAAGCGAAGAUGGCAAAGGAUCCUCGACCAUACAUCUCAAUAUCGGUCUUCAGAAUGGUUGUUUGCUGCGUACCACUGUUGACAACGUUACUGGAGAUAUGAUGGACACCAGAACAAGAUAUUUGGGUACUAGACCUGUCAGGGUGUUCCGUGUUCGAAGCCAGAACAAAGAUGCUGUUCUUUGCACAUCUUCAAGAUCAUGGCUGUUGUAUCACUACCAGAAUCGUUUCCACUUGACUCCAUUGAGCUAUGUAACGUUGGAGUCUGCGUCAAGUUUCAGCUCAGAGCAGUGUCUGGAAGGCAUUGUUGCGAUUGCAGAAAAUACCCUGAGGAUUAUGGCGGUUGAAAAGCUUGGCGCUUCUUUCAACCACAUCAGUUAUCCGUUGAAGUUCACUCCUCGACGGAUGAUUGUGCAUCCACUGGCAACGUGCCUCAUGAUGAUUGAAACCGAUCAUGCAGCUUACACGACCGUGACUUUGGACAAGAAAAGAAAUGAUAUGGCCGACGUGAGUUCCUAAUA